CGCACACGUGACGUUACCCAGCAUUCUGCGGGCGCGCGGACAGAAACUGACAGAACAUCGAGGAAGAGGAUGCGGGUCGCCUCAGACAUGGAUUACAAGGUUGUGUUCGCAGCCUUGGAUACUAUGUGUGAAGACAACAUUUCUGUGCUGUGCGGGCCGUCUGAUUUGCCGUACGGUUCUGUUGCCAAGCGCCUGAUCACGUGCAUGAAGCAGAUUCAGGAGCACGGCCGAGCGCUGGAGCCCGUGGUCGGCAGCUUCACCACCGUCUACCACCACUACGACUUUGACGCACAGACGCCUGGGAACGGCUACCGCACCCUGGUCAAGGUCUUAAACUCCUGCCUUUUGCACAUCAUCCACAAGGGCCGUUACAUCGCUGCCAAUUACAACAGUGCCUUCUUCAGGGCGGACCACAAUGCGUUGGAGAUGGAGGCGUACUGCAGCGCUCUGUGCCAGCUGCGCGCCCUGCUCCACCUCGCCCAGCAGCUGAUCAACGACAACGAAUACGGCCAGCUGUACUCCCUGCAGGACAGGGACCUGAGCCACAGGUUUGUGCAGGAGUACAGCUCCAUGCACAAGGCGUGUUUCUACGGCCGCUGUCUGGGCUUUCAGUUCUCUCCCACCCUUCGGCCGUUCCUCCAGACCGUCGUCAUCAGCAUGGUUUCGUAUGGAGAGACGUACGGUAAACAGCAGUCUGGGUUGGGUUUGGCUGCACUCUCUCUCCUCACAUCGGGGAAGUACGUCAUUGAUCCAGAGUUGCGGGGCGCUGAGUUUGAACGCAUUACCCAGAACCUGGAUUUGCAGUUUUGGAAGUCCUUCUGGAACCUCACAGAGUCCGGCCUUAUAACAGGCUUCAGCAGAAUAGCUUCUAACCAAGUGCAGGUGAACUUUACCCUGACUGUGCCUCCCGUCACUCUACGCCUUCCUCUGGCCUCAGACCCCAGUCUAACAGCCACUGUGUCGCCUCCCAUAGCCCACUGGGGCCCCGGGCCAGUCCACAUGCGCCUGAUCUCCUAUGAGCUCCGAGAAGGACAGGACAGUGAAGAGCUGCUGGCUUUGUCCCGAACAGACCCUCCUCCCAUCUCAGCGUCCCAUCUCCCCUGGGUGCAGAAGCAGCCUCGUUCCCCCUGGCUGCUCAUACACUUCCAUGGAGGAGGUUUUGUAGCCCAGACGUCCAGGUCCCAUGAGAAUUAUCUUCGGAGCUGGUCAAAGGAGCUGAACGUCCCUGUCCUCUCUGUCGACUACUCUUUGUCCCCUGAAGCGCCCUUUCCCAGAGCUCUGGAGGAGUGUUUCUACGCCUACUGCUGGGCACUGAAUAACUGUCACCUGCUGGGCUCCACAGCAGAGCGGGUUUGCCUGGCGGGGGACAGCGCUGGAGGAAACCUCUGCAUCACUGUGUCCAUGAAGGCCAUGUCCAGCGGCAUCCGAGUCCCUGACGGCAUCAUGGCCGCCUACCCUGCUACUUUGCUCACCACUGAUGCCUCGCCCUCCCGCCUUCUCACGCUCAUCGACCCACUGCUGCCUCUGGGUGUUCUCGCAAAGUGCCUCAACGCCUAUGCAGGUGCAGAGUCUUACACGGUGCAGCCUGCGGUUGGAAGUGGCAGUCUGAGCGCUCUAGGCAGAGACACAGCCAUGCUGCUCAGCGACCUCACCCAGGGCGCCUCCAACUGGAUCCAGUCCUUCCUGGACCCCAUGCUGAGCACAGGUGGAUCACGCUCCCUGUCGUCAUCACAGAGGAGGUCCCACAGCAGUGAAACCCUCAGGACAUCAGCUCACGCCUCUGCACAAAACUCUGAAAGUCACGUGGGUUACCCACAAGGCUUUGAGCCCCUGCGCUCAGAGUGCCUGGCUUUUAUUCGCCGAACCUCCUGUCCCAUUAUCAGGAACCCGUUUGUUUCGCCUCUGCUGGCUCCAAACAACCUGCUGAGAGGCCUGCCGCCUGUACACAUAGUGGCCUCUGCUCUGGACGCCUUGUUGGAUGACUCUGUCAUGUUUGCCAAGAAGCUGCGAGACAUGGGCCAGCCCGUGAGUCUGACGGUGGUGGAGGACCUGCCUCACGGCUUCCUCAGCCUGUCACAGCUCGCCAAGGAGACGGAGGUUGCCACGGAGAUCUGCAUUGCGCGGAUGAGGGAGGUUUUCGAGCAGGAAAACCCGACACCUGCAUUUUACAAACGACCAAAGACAGAAGAGACUUAUCAGAGCACCAAUCCAUCAGACUGAGUUAUCUGUCAGUCUCGGGACUUUGCUGUUUUUUGGGAUGAAAAAGAGAACUGAUAUAAUGUGGUUAGAGUGGGAAACACAUCAGGGAAUGAAUGCAACAAAAACUGUAGAACAAGAGAAAGCUUAGGGACACUGCACUUAAAACCUAAACUGCACAACAUUUUCUGCCAGCUCUAAUAUGAUCCUAAAUAAUGAUAAAAUAGUAAAUAAUAAUUAUUUUUCUACAAAGAUUUACACAUAUUAGCUGCAAAUAAAAUGCACACUGAAAAUAUUACAGACUUACAGAAAUUUAACACAAGAGAAAUCACCACAACCAGCCCUGGCAGUGAGUUAUAAACUGAUGUGUGUCGGUAACGGGAGCUGUUGUGUCUUGAAUUUAAAGUGUUGCUGUGUUUGCAUAGUCUACAUCAAACUGACCAGGAUUAAAGGUUUACUUGUACUGGAAACACACUCCAGAUGCACUGUAUUAUAAUUAUCAUUAGACUAAAUGUAUCAUCUGGUUUUACCAGUUUGUCACAUGUUUACAACAUAAAGGAGGCCUUCGACUUUGUAUUUACCAGCAGUAUGUGUAUGUGGGCGUGAAAGUUACUUGUUAUACUGUAAAUUAAUUCUGAAAAUUUCUUAUUUAAGUAUUUAACACUGUAUUGUUAUAUACCUAAGGCCUGUAUUAAAUCAAAACUACAAAGAUUA